CAUAAAUAUGAUAGGGAUCUCAUUAAUAAAGAUUUUGUUUUUGUAUCGAGCUCCAAUUUACUAAAGUUGCUUUGAUCCAUUAGGAAGUGAUUGUUUAAAUAACGGAUGGUCAAUAUCAAAUAGGAUUGAUACUUGUGCAGGUAUUAAAUAUAUAGGACGAUUUGGAGAAAGAGUUCCGCUAACAUAAACCUUUUUGUGUCCACAAGGAUUGUAGAUGAAAUUUUCUUUCACAAUUGGAAUGUUUGAUUCUUGGGAUUUACAGGAAAAUUUUUUCGUAUAUUGUGACAAUGUACUUAUUGAUACAUUUAAAUAUACUCCUGCUCAUUCUUCUCAUCUAUGUUUUGAUUCUGUCUAUAGAGAAGAUAUAGUACAAAAAUCGUUUAGAUUUUAAUCUCCUUUAGGUAAAAAUAGUCUAACACUUAAAUUACAAGAUGAUCUUGAUGAAUCAAUUAAUAAUGGUAUAUGAAUAAUAUAUUUAGAAUCUUGGGGAAUAAGAAAUGUACUUUUAGAAGUUUUUGAACCUUGUGUUGACUUUUUUAGUGAAUGCAAUUACCAAGGAGAAUUUUGGAGAAUUUGUGCUGGAAAUUAAACUAGUUUAUCAAAAAAUCUUCCCUUAUAAAUCAAAUCAAUUAUAAUUUUAAAAGGAAUAAUAGUUAAAUUAAAAGAUGCAAAGUAUUUUGGAGGUAACAUGUAAACAUACACUACUGAUUAACCUUGUUUGAAUGAUUUUAAUGUAUUUUAAUUAUUAAACUAGUUUCCAAAAUACCAAAAGACAAUAUGA